AUGGCAUCUUCCAACCCUCCCACGGCAGAGGCCUGCCAGUCCACCUUUGAGCAGGCUGUGGCGCUGUCUCUGCACAUGUGGCCGGCCCUCUCCCUCGCCGUCCAGAACCACUGGGGCGGCCCGGACUCGGCCGACAAGAGAGACUGGUUCGCCGGCGCUGUGGCCGAGCUGUUCCCGGCCUACACCAAGAUCGCCAACGGACAGGCCGUCCCCGCCAGCAACGCCAUCGAGGAGCCCGACACCGAGUACAUCGAGACCUUCCUCCUCCAGGUCAUGGUCGACGAGUUCGAGGUCAACGUCGACGACGAGACGGGCUUCGACGUCGCCGAGCGCAUCAUCAAGAUCCGUGCCGACUGCGCCAAGGGCAAGUUCGAGGCCGUCGACGAGCUGCGCAAGAACUGGGAGAGCCGCAAGGGCGCCAAGGUUGACGGGCUCUACAAGAAGAUUGAGGGCGGCGACCAGGAGACCGACUGGGAGGACGACAGUGAGGAUGACGAGGAUGGAGACGUCGACAUGGACGAGGCGCCACAGCUUGUCGCUGCCCCCAAGGAGAAGCCGCAGCCCGAGGUUGAUGAGGACGGAUUCACAAUGGUCACGAAGAAGAAGCGAUAA